AUGGGAACGCACACUGUGGUCGCUGUAGUCUCCGGAUUAACCGCUUUGGCUGUGAUCAGCUCCAUUGCCGGUAUCGUCUACAUCGUGAACGAUCUUAACACUUUCUACGACGAUGCCGUCGAGGAUCUCAACAUUUUCAAGGCAAGUGGCAGUAUUUCAGGCACUAAUCUGCUAAAAAAAAAUUUCGUGGAGGUUGCUGAUUCUGCAUGGCAGAAAAUGAUGCCCAAUCCUGCUGAUCUUGCUCGUGAGAGAAAUGUGAAACGAAUCCCGCGUGGAGCGAGAGGAGGAACAGACGGCGGACAAGCAAACAACUGCCCAGUUGGACCUGCGGGACCACCGGGAGAGCCAGGAGCACCUGGAGAGGAUGGAGAGCCAGGACAACCUGGUACGCCUGGAAAUGCCAACACUAAAACCGGCGGCGGUCGGCCCGGCUCAGAUUGUAUUCCGUGCCCUGCUGGCGAACCUGGGCAGCCAGGUCCAGAUGGUCCUCCAGGUCCUCCUGGUCCUGACGGCAACCCUGGAACCCCUGGAACUGGACAAAGCAUUAGCCCUCCAGGGCCUCCUGGACCACCUGGUGACAGCGGAAAUCCAGGAGCUCCCGGACAACCAGGAUCACCUGGACAACCUGGUGCACCAGGGCGAUCUGGAAGAGGAAACCCUGGACCACCAGGACCUGCCGGUGCACCAGGAGCACCCGGACAACCAGGAGCAGAUGGUGGCCCAGCGAACUUGGGAGCACCAGGAGCUCCUGGACCAGCUGGAGCACCCGGAAAUCCUGGAGCUCCAGGUACCGAUGGUCAACCUGGCCGACCAGGUGAACCAGGAGAGACGGGAGGUGACGCCGAAUAUUGUCCAUGUCCGGCAAGAGGAGCUGCUGCUGUACAAUCAAGCGUGCCAGCAUCCGAGAAUCAGGUACCACCUGCUGGAGGAUACCGCAAACGCGUCGUUCGCCGUCCGCAUGGUCUUUCAAAGAGGAUCGUCGCCUAA